GUGGUAUCCUAUUUCCUGGGGUGCAUGCGGCAUGGAGGUGUCCAUGCAGAUGCUGUCUGCUAUGCGAAUGCUAUGAGCAGCUGCCUCAAGGGUUUGGAGUGGGAAGCCUCUAUGUCCUUCCACAGACAGAUGUGCAUGGACGGCACCGAGCCAGAUUUGGUGUGUAAGGGAGCGGUGUUGACUGUGUGCAAGCAGCUCCACAUCUGGCAACGAGCCCUGGUCUUCCUAUCUUCGGCAUUUACAGGCAGGGAGCCGCCCCCCAACGACAUUUGCUUCAACGCGACCUUGGCUUGCAUGGCCACUGCCGACCAGUGGGAGGCCUGCAUGACACUUCUUGCAGCGGUAGAGUGCCAGCUUCAACGCCCGGAUGCU